AUGUCGAAUAAUAACGAACCAUCAUUCCCCCCAGCUGUAACUUCCAACUCUAAUCCAACUUCUAGACACGCUUCUAUUGUGGAGAUGUUGUCAACACCGCCACCUUUGAGCGCAAUGGCUGCUGAAGUGGCUGAGGAGCCUAUCUCUCAAGAUCUGAAUAAAGAAGAUGUUUCCUCUACUCAAAUGAAGAAAACACCUUCCCAAUGUUUAGAUACCAUUCAUGCUCAAAAAUGGCAACAUAUCCAAUUAUCUCAAUUGGUUGAACCCAACAAAUUGAUCUUUAUUCCCGGUACUUUAUCCGUGGAAGAGGCAUUUAAUGUAUUGAUUAAGAAUCAUUUAAAUUCCAUCCCCGUAGAAUCGGUACCUGGAGAUAUGAAUUGUUUAACUUUUGAUUACAAUGAUUUAAAUUCAUAUUUAUUACUGGUAUUGAACAAGAUUAACGUCAAUAAUAAGAAAAUUACUCAAGACUGUCAAAAUGGGAAGCCUGUCCCUGUAGGUGAGAUUGUUAAACUAACUCCAAAGAAUCCCUUUUAUAAAUUACCAGAAACUGAAAAUUUAUCCACUGUUAUGGGUAUAUUAGGUUCAGGUGUUCAUCGUGUUGCAGUUACAAACGUUGAUAUGACAAAAGUUAAGGGGGUUCUAUCUCAAAGUCGUUUGAUUAAGUAUCUUUGGGAUAAUGCAAGAUCUUUCCCCACUUUAGAAUCCUUAUUUAAUUUCUCAUUGAAAGAUUUGGGUAUUGGUGUCUUGGAUUCCAAUGCUAAGCCAACAUCAAGACAAUCUCGUGUCAUUUCCAUUCAUGGUGAUGAACCUUUAAUUAUGGCCCUUUACAAGAUGUACAUUGAAAGAAUUUCCUCCAUUGCUGUCAUCGAUAAUCAAGGUAAUUUGAUCGGUAAUAUUUCGGUCACAGAUGUGAAACAUGUUACAAGGACCUCCCAGUAUCCAUUAUUACAUAAGAAUUGUCGUCAUUUCAUCUCUGUGAUCUUAAAUUCAAGAGGUCUGGAAACAGGGAAGGAUUCCUUCCCCAUCUUCCACGUGUAUCCAACAAGCUCUCUGGCUAGAACUCUUGCCAAGUUAGUCGCUACUAAAUCACAUAGAUUAUGGAUUGUCCAACCACCUGAGAUUCAAAGUACCCCAUCCAACUCUUCUGCCUCAAUGAAUAGUUCCAACUCGAAUAGCCAUUCUAACUCCACCACGAACGUCAAUUACUCUCCCUUGAUGACGUCAGUGGACGACCCAUUGUCCACCACGCCAUCCAAGAUUCCAUCUCAACCAAACUUGUUUGAGAAGGAGUAUCGCACGGGGAAACUGAUCGGCGUCGUGUCAUUAACGGAUAUUAUCAGUCUGUUUGCCAGGAAGCAGACGGAGUACAAGCAGGUGGACCCACAGACCGCCAGGAGACAGAGAGGCAGCGUCGUGUAG